ACCGGAAGCGCCUGUUUCUUGGCGCUUAGGUUAGCAGGCUGUUGCUAACUUUAAUGUAGAUGUUAGCUUUCGUGGAUAUUUUAAAGCUGCUGCUUGAUGAGAGAGAUGCUGUGUGCAUUUCAACAUGCGUCCCACUGAGCCAGGUGUGAAAGAUGGUCGAAACCGCAAGACUAACAAAACCAAAAGCACUCGGGGAGCUGUAGCUCAGUGUCCCGGGGCUUCUGAGUCCUGCAGUGAGAGCAAGAAGUCCAAGAAAAUACAACUAUCUGUCAAGAAGCCCAGUCAAACUGUUCCAGUUGCUGCCAGUGAAAAAAAUGUUUGUCCAUCCAAACAUGAAAACAGCAGAGAGAUGACUUCCAGUAUCCAAGCAGCUCCUGAGGAAGAAGCCAAGUCUUUAAAUCAGCAUAGUCAUCUGAGCAAGCAGCGUCCAGAGGAGAUGUCAACAGCAGAGGAUGAGAACAGGUGCUGCGCUUCUCAUGAGGAGGAUCUAUACAGAGCAGCAGAGGAAAUAGAACAGGAAAGACAGGAGAAGCAGCUGUCUAAUGCAGCUUCAGUGCCAAGUUCUGAGGACCACAGCAGUGUGUCAGCUCCUGAGGGUCUGCUCUCCUACAGUCAGAGAGAAUGGAAAGGAAACACCACCAAAAGCCACCUUAUCAGAAAGGGAUAUGAAGCAGUAGCUCAGAAGUUUGAGAGUCUGCGCAGAGUACGAGGUGAUAACUACUGCGCUCUGAGGGCGACCCUAUUCCAGCUCUUCAACCAGUCUGACAAACUCAGUAACUGGCUGCAAGAUGCUGAGUUUGUUCAGCUGCAGUGUGUGCAAGAUUUAGUGGAAGAAUGGAGGUUUCCUUUUGGGAGCAAAGGUGGAGGAGCAGUGGAACAGUUGAAGCAUUGUCUGAAGCUCCUGAGAGUCAGGUGGCAGGAGAUGUUGCAGUGUGAGAGUCCAGCAGAGCGGGAGCGUGUUUGCCAGCAGCUGUUUGUUGGGGGGCGUGAAGAAUAUGAGCUGCUGGAAGCCCUGAAGUUCUUGAUGCUGAAAACGGUCAUUCAGCUGCACUCUGACAUGAAGAAGGGCUCCAGUGUGCCUGACUUUUGCUGGCUUCUUUUUGCCCGCGACACCUCCAAAUGUCCCAGGAGCUUCCUCACGAAUCAUCUUAGACAUGUGGGCUUCAGCGGAGGAUUAGAACAGGUGGAGAUGUUUCUGCUGGGCUACUCCCUACAGCAUACGCUUCAGGCCUUUCGGCUCUACAAGACGGACACUGAGGAGUUCAUCACCUACUACCCAGAUGACCACAGGACAGAGUGGCCUUGCCUUAGCCUGGUCACAGAGGAUGAUCGACACUAUAAUGUGCCAGUGCUUAAACAGCCCAAACUCCAUUCAGCAAAACAUGACAAGUCAAUCAGGCCCAAAUGGAACUUGCCGAAGAGUGGAACAGGAAAAACUACACUUCUUUAGAGAAAAUCUGAUGACCGUGACCAACAUAGUUCAAAGGUCUCAAGGCUUUAUGUCAGAUGAUUUUCAGCUACAGACCUUGCAAAUUUUAUGCUUUUUGCGUAGAAUUCAUCAUUGACGUGUACUGAGGAGUCUUUGUUUAUUUUUCCUCCAGUUAAAAUGACAGAUCAGCUAAUCGACAUGUGAAUCUAGAAUGACCUGACAUUUGCGCAGGUGUUUUGAACUCUCUGAUAUUACCUGACGCCUUGGAAGCUUCACCCCUUCCCUUUAUUUCACAUCAGUUAUCUUUAGUCUUGUCUUAAUUUUUCCGUGUGAAAGAUGGACUGAUACAGGACCCUCGCUUUCUCUCAUGGUAAAUGGAGAGUGUUUUCUCUUCAUUUAUCUGAAAUAAAAUCUGUUAAUGUACAGUGUCUUGCAAAAGUAUUCAUCCCCCUUGGUGUUACCACUUUAAAGGUGUAAAUUGUUUUAUUGUGAAACAAACAAUAAGAUAUUAAAAAAAAAAAAACAGAAAUUUGGAGUGUGCAUAGGUAUUCGCCCCCUUUCGUAUGAAACCCCUAAAUAAGAGCUGGUCCAACCAAUUCACUUCAUAAGUCACAUAAUUAGGUGAUUUAAGAUCCACCUGUGUGCAAUCAAAGUGUCACAUGAUCUGUCACAUGAUGUCUGUAUAAAUCAACCUGUAUUGGAAGGACCCUGACUCUGCAACACUACUAAGCAAGCAACAUGAAAACCAAGGAGCCUCCAAACAGGUCAGAGACAAAGUUGUGGAGAAGUAUAGAUCAGGGUUUGGUUAUAAAAAAUAUCCCAAACUGUGAAUAUCCUGCGGAGCACCAUUAAAUCCAUUAUAGUAAAAUGGAAAGAAUAUGGCACCACUACAAACCUGACAAAAGAAGGCCACCCACCAAAACUCACAGACCAGGCAAGGAGGGCAUUAAUCAGAGAUGCAACAAAGACACCAAAGAUAACACUGAAGGAGCUGCAAAGAUCCACAGCGGAGCUGGGAGUAUCUGUCCAUAGGAGCAUUUUAAGCCGUACACUCCACAGAGUGGGGCUUUAUGGAAGAGUGGCCAGAAAAAAAGUCGUUGUUUAAGAAAACACGUUUGGAGUUUGCCCAACAGCAUGUGGCAGACUCCCGAAACACAUGGAAGAAGAUUCUCUGGUUAGAUAAGACUAAAAUUGUUCUUUUUGGCCAUUGUGGGAAAUGCCAUAUGUGACGCAAACCCAACACCCUGAGAACACCAUUCCGACAGUGAAGCAUGGUGGUGGCAGCAUCAUGCUGUGGGGAUGCUUUUCAUCUGCAGGGACAGGAAAGCUGGUCAGGACUGAAGGAAAGAUGGAUGGCACUAAAUACAGGGCAAUUCUGGAGGAAAACCUGUUUGAGUCAGCCAGAGGUUUAAUACUGGGAUGAAGGUUCACAUUCCAGCAGGACAAUGACCCUAAACAUACUGCUAAAGCUACACUGGAGUGGUUUAAAGGGAAACAUUUAAUUGUAUUGGAAUGGCCUAAUCAAAGCCCAGACCUCAAUCCAAUUGAGAAUCUGUGGCGUAACUUGAAGAUUACUGUACACCAACACAACCCAUCUGACUUGGAGUUGGAGCAGUUUUGCCUUGAGAAAUGGGCAAAAAUCCCAGUGGCUAGAUGUGCUAAGCUAAUAGAGACAUACCCCAAGAGACUUGCAGCUGUAAUUGCAGCAAAAGGUGGCUCUACAAAGCAUUGACUUUGGCAGGGUGAAUACUUAUACACACUCCAGAUUUGUUUUUUCAUCUUAUUGUCUGUGUCACAGUGUAAAAAAAAAAAAAGUACACCUUUAAAGUUGUAGGCAUGUUGUGUAAAUCAAAUGGUGCUAACCCCCCCAAAAUCCAUUUUAAUUCCAUCUGGUAAUGCGACAAAACAGGACAAACACCAAAGGGGGUUGAGUAUUUUUUGUAAGACAGUGUAUGUUCAACUUUGCUCCUGUUAGACUGGUGUAUAUGGGCUCGGAUGAAAUGACGGACAACAUGAAAUAACAGCAGUCUGAGCAUAUUUCAGGAUUAGUGAUUGGCGGUCAAAGCGAAGUAGAUUGCAGUCAGUGGUCUGCAGAAAUAUUAUGAGAAACUACAGUAGCUUCCUACAGUACCAGUAACCUGUUACCAAUAUUUUAAACAUAAAACUCGGCACUUAAAGUGUCUACAGAUAAUGUUAGGUGCAAAACGGCUCUUAUUCAGUAUGAUGUUCUUGACACUCGGCUGUUAUCAUUUCUUGGCAAUGAGGGAUUCUGAUGUAAUAGGCAACAGCUGUAUAGAAGCACUUCACUGAAGUGAAUUCAUUGCAGACCUUCUCAGUCCAAGGUAACUAAUAUAGCUACGGUAGCUUAUGCCGUUCAUUUAAAAUGAGCUAGCUAACAUUUAUAAAGAAUGAGCCUAUGUGCAUGCUGGCGAAACAUUAGCAGAGCUAAAUAAAAUGGUCAGUGAUGGCCAUGAGGCCGAGUCACACCAGACCUCACUCAAUUCCAUUUAUAUAAUUUUUUUUUUCGCAUGUAUAUUUCAAGCUAGGCUUAUUACAUUAAUUAAUGGAAAGUAAAGUGUCUUUCUUGCAGGAACUGUAAAUGUACUUACUCAUAACUUAUAACUAAAUGCUGGAACUCCAAAACGCAUUAAAGUGAACCGUUACUGUUCAUGCUGUCAGUAGGUCAUAUGGAAAUGCACUUGAACAGCGUCCAAUGUCUAUACUGUUAUCAGCGAGUUCCAAAAAGACACGGAUUCAGUCUAAAAAUAUUUCUGAAUCAAAAAAAAAAAAAACACUGAGGUAGAAAGCAAGCAGUAGCUUAUCUCAUCCACCCCUCCAUGAACAGCAUCUGGAAAACCCCUGUAUAUAGACUUGCUAAAGUUUCUACCUUAUGCAAAUGAUUUUCUGAAAAGACUACGUUGAAAAUGGACUGAGUUUUUAAAUUGCCAACCCUCCUCACAUUUCAAAUUUCCUUCUGUGUUGUAUAUUUAUUUAAUUGUGAUAAUGCAAUAUAAAUGCUUGUUGAUGAGACCACUUUUGCACAGGUUUAGCAAAUCUAUAAUGAAAUGCUGAUGCAAAAUUCAGGGACUACAUUGUGUGUACCAGAACAAUUAACAGAAUGAUGGGAAAUCUAUUUGGAAGAGACUGGAUUUAAAUUAGAAAUGAAAAAGUGCAAUUUUAGGUAUUCCAAAAGGAAGUCCUGAUCUGACUGAAGUCUUUUUUAUAAAUGAUUAAGCAGUGACUUUCAGAAUGUCCGUGCAUUUAAACAUUUUUCUUUAAUGUAAUUUAGGUUUACUAUUUUAUGAAAGACAUUUGUUACAUAGCUUUUGUUUUCCAUCGGUUUGCAUAUAUUGUCUUACCAAGCAUAAAUUGCUGCAAAGAAUGAAAUCGUACAAGAAACACUAAUGUAAUUUUAUUUCAGAUCUGUGAAGAUUGCAUGUUUCUCUCAGGCAAGACAAUAAACCGUCUAAUUGGCGAGUGA